CUCCCCCCGGGUCAGCUGACUUUGUCAUUUUGUCUGUCCUGGAGCAGAGCCUUCCCUAUAACAAUCUAGUUCAGACUACAAACUGGAGACAGAAAUAAAUAUUAAAGAAAUCACACGGCCAGGUGUAGGGGACGGUAUGAAUUCCUACUUCACAAACCCGUCUCUAUCCUGCCAUCUCACCGGCGGCCAAGAGGUGCUCCCCAACGUAGCCCUCAAUUCCACCGCCUAUGACCCUGUCAGGCAUUUUUCCACUUACGGAGCGGCCGUUGCUCAAAACCGGAUUUAUUCUUCUCCUUUUUAUUCACCGCAAGAUAACGUUGUGUUUAGCUCCAGCCGAGGACCUUAUGACUAUGGAUCUAACGCUUUUUACCAAGAAAAAGACAUGCUUUCUAGCUGCAGGCAAAAUUCUAUGGGACAUAACACACAGACAUCAAUCGCACAGGAUUUUACCAGUGACCAAAACAGGAACACUUCGCAAGAACAAAAAACUAGCAUUCAGAUAUACCCAUGGAUGCAGCGUAUGAACUCCCACAGUG